UCCCCCAGCCUGCAACCCUAUCAGCAGUGCCCAUACUUAGGGUGUGGGUGGGCAUGUGUGUGUGUCAUUGAAAGAGCGUGUGUAUGUGUGCGUGCCCAGGUGCUAGAGUAGUGGGUUGAGAGAAGUCAACUCCAUGACAUUAUAGCUGAAGGAGAGCGAACAGAGCUCUCUGAGGGGGCCCUGACAACUAUGGAGUAAACGCACUGAGGGCCCCCCCAGAAAGACAAAAAGACAGACAAACGGACAGAAAAACAAAAAAGGAGAACGUAUCACACAAUAAUGGUGGCAGAAGAGGUUAUAAUCACCUUGUCUGGUGGAGCACCAUGGGGCUUUCGUCUCCAGGGGGGCGCGGAGCACCAGAAACCACUUCAGGUGGCCAAGGUGCGUAAGCGCAGUAAGGCGUGCAGGGCAGGACUGCGGGAGGGCGAUGAGCUGGUGUCCAUCAACGAGCAGCCAUGUGGAAGUCUGUCCCACUCCCAGGCCAUGACCAUAAUCGACAGCUCCCCAGGAAUAUUACACAUCCGGGUCAAGAGGGCACCGGCAGGCUUCCAGUCUGUGGUGCUGUUGACCCGCGCCCCAUCCCCUCGCAUUGACAAAGAGUACCGAGCUGCCCUGCGUGCCAUGUCCCCCUCCUCCAGACCCCACCACAUAGCAGCUGUCAGGGAGGUCCCCCAUGGCAGGUCCUCUGUCCUGUCCCCCAUGGGGCGCAGCGGCCUCACCUCGCCCCCAGGCAGUGAGGCCUACUACGGGGAGACAGACAGCGACGCAGAUGUGGCAGCCCACGAGAGGCAGAGGAGGCAGAAGCGCAGAAGUCCCAGCAACUUACCCGGCAAAGCCUCUGGCAGAGCCUCCCAGGAGGGAGGCGAGACCUCAGAGUUUAGCGGCUAUGACAGCGCCCCAGAUGGCCAGCUCUACCCAGGGCUCCAGGACCACGGGCUAAUGGAUGGCCGAGGAGCGGGGGAAGGCUUGCCGGGGGUGGCCCGCAAGGAGGUGAUUUACCAGCCCCCUCCAGGGAUGUGGUCCUCCCAGACCUCCACAGAGACCUCCUCCAUCAUCUCCUCUGUUGAGGACCAGGGCCCAGGAAGGGACGGAGUGGCGGAGGAGGACAGUGGCUUCCAGGAGCCCUCCAACGUGGUCCCACUGGUUUCCCCCGAGAGGGCCAAGGGGGCCAUGCAGCUGAGCUCCCGCAGGCAGCUGGUGCCCAUGGUGGGGCCCAUAGACACCCCUCUGGAUGAGGAGCUCAGUGUCACCUACAUGGACAAGGCCAAGCAAGCCAAACUGAACCGGGGUGACACGGUUCAAGACAAACAGGUGAAGGAGGCCAGAACCAAGUGCCGCUCUAUCGCCUCCCUUCUGACAGACGCUCCCAACCCCCACUCCAAGGGCGUGCUGAUGUUCAAGAAGAGGCGGCAGCGCUCCAAGAAGUACACGCUGACCAGCUUCGGCAGCGUGGACGAGGACAUGCAGCAAGAUUCCCAGGAGGAAGAUGGUCUUUUCCCAGGAAGCGAGUCGGAGUUUGAUGAGGAUGGCUUCUCAGCCGCCCCCGACACCACCUGGGACAGUGACUACUUGGAUGCACUGGAGAAGAGGGCGACCGCGGGGGGAGAGCGAGGGGAUGGGACAGAAGAUGCCCCCAGUCCCGGCCUGAGUGACAUCUCUGGGAAGGGCGCCCAGCUGUUUGAGCAGCAAAGGAAGAGGGCGGCCGAGCACGCCAAGAAGGUGGCUGCCACCCAGCCUCAGGUGCCGCCCCAGCCUCAGAUAAAGACCCAACCCCUGAACCAACCACAGAUCCAGGAGCAGCCUCAGCCAUAUGCACAGAGCCAGCCCCAGCCAGAGACACAACCACAGAUGUACCAACCUCAGCAACCUGUGGCACCACCGCCCCCUGUAGCCUUCCAGGAGGAGACUCCGUCUGUGGCAGAGAGGGCUAUGGCACCAGCCCCAGCUGCUCCUACUGCCUACAGUAUGGCUAACGGAGAUGUAGCCUACUCUGCAGUGAGCACAGCUAGUGUGCUAAUGUCACCCCCGACUGUGGCACCCAAACCAAUCACCGGCCAAGUGUCCAUCUCAACCAUACCUCCGCCCCAAACACCACUGCCAGAACUCUCCUCCAGCUCUGUGGUCAACAGAACCGCCCGCCCCUUCAACCCAGGGUUUGUGACUAACCGAGCCGCCACCGCUCCUGUUGUGUUCCGCCCCGUCAUCACCAAAAGGGCCCAGCGCCCAGCAACCUCUGUGUCUAUUGUAGGACCUCCCUUCUCCACCACAUCAGAGCUGCCUGCAAGUGGCUGUCCUUCCUUCUUCUCACCCCCGUCCUCUGUGUCCGGAGGACCGUUCUCCACCCCAUCCUCAGCACCGGCCACUCAUCCCCGUCCUGCCUUUUCUGUGGAGAGCCUGGCAGAACCACCCAUGCUCUCUGUUCCGCAGGCUUCCUUCACAGCCAUACCUCCACCCCCAGCACAAUUCUCAGGUGGCCCCAUACCCCCACCUCCAGUCUCGCUUGCCUCCGUACCACCACCCCCAGUAUCAUUUGCCAACGUACCCUCAAUUCCACCCCCAUCGCCAUUCUCAGGUGCUCCCAUACCCCAAGCCUCGGUCUCGGUGGCCCAAUCAUCCCCAGCUCCACUGUCAUUUGACCCCAUACCCCAACCUCAAGUUUAUUUUGCCCACAAGCCCCAAGCUUCAGUCUCAGUUGUCCCACUCCCACCCUCCACAGCUCCUGCAGCUGCACCCAGAUCCCCCAUGUCCAAUGUCCCACCUCUCCCUGGUGGUCGUACCGGUUACCUCCUGGAGGCUCGUCGGCGCAGCGGCAGGAGGCCCAUGUUCCGAGUCCCUGAUGAGAAGAAGAACUCUCCCAACCCUGACCUGCUGAACAUGGUGCAGAACCUGGAUGACAGGCCCCACUACGGAAGCAAUUCAGGGAGUAUGAUGGGCUUUGACUCAGGCACAGAGGAAGACCAGGCUGCUGAAGCCGGCCGGGGCAGGAUGCCUCCACCGGUGGCCCCCAAACCCAGGGUCAUCCACGAGGCCCCCCAGAUUCCCCAGGCGGAGGGGAAGGGGGCUCAGCUGUUUGCCCGCAGGCAGAGCCGCAUGGACCGGUUUGUGGUAGACACCCCACUAGAGACCGCCUACCAGCAGGAGGUCACCUACCCAGGGGCCGAGUCCCAGUAUGCCCCCAACCCCAAUAUCAACUCACAGUGGAAGUUAUCCCCCAACAUCCGUGCCCCCCCACCCAUUGGUUACAACCCGUUGCUAGCCCCCUCCUGCCCUGUGGGGCCACAGAGAGAUACAGGCAGGUCUGACAGGGGGGACUGGGGAAGCAGACGGGGGAUAGCCUCUCAUAGGGAGGGAAUCAAAGCUCUGGAUUUCAUGAGAAGGCAGCCUUACCAGCUCAACUCAGCUAUGUUCGGGGGUAGUGUUGCCAACCUGUCGGCGAUGCCCUCAUACCAGGACCAGAGGCAGCAGCAGGGAGGGUAUACUACCAUGGUGGGCAGCACCAUGACUCCUCCCAGACAGAUCCCAGUCAAGGCGGCCCGUGUGUACGAGAUCAAACGCUUCUCAACACCCACGCCCAUGUCAUCCCGGUGUUUGGCCCCCACUGUGAUCGCCCCUCGUUCAGCCACAACGCUGGGUGAGCGCCUGACCCGCUCCGACAUGAUCUCCCCAACCCCUGCUCCUCUCUCCCCACCCCCUGCCCCUGUCUUUUCCCCAGCCCCGGUCUCUGCCCCACAUCCCGCCCUUGCUCCUACCUAUUCAGGGGGCCUGCCCGGGCUGCCCAGAAUCAAUGCCACCCCUGUCCCCAACCCCAACCCCAUCCCCCACCCAUCACCCUAUCCUGGGGUGUCUUACAGUGGGCUCCAAGGUACUAAGCAGUUUCAGAGUGCCCCUGAUCUGAGUUUCCUUGCUAACCUCCCCCCUCCUUUCAGGGCAAAUGCCAUGCAGGCACCCAAACCCCGCUUCAUCGCCACCAAGGUGGGUGUCCAGCCACGUGUGUGGAGACCAGGUGCCAUGUAAACGGGAGUGGGAGACCAUGUCUGAGAACUGGACACAUCCCAGCCCUAUAAAAAAAAUAUAUAAAUACAGUGCCUUGCGAAAGUAUUCGGCCCCCUUGAACUUUGCGACCUUUUGCCACAUUUCAGGCUUCAAACAUAAAGAUAUAAAACUG